GUUCCCGCCUCCCGCUGGGCGGGUAGAAAGGUGAGAAGUGGAGUAUUUUCUAGUCUUCCUAGAAGGGAGACCGGGAUCCAACCGGAGAGGAGAGAAACACGAAGGCAGGAGGAACUCUACCUUUUCCUUGUUACUUCAUUCUACCCCAGAGGGCAACAAAACUACCCGAGGAAGAAUGGACAUGGACCAGUUGGAUGACUUUGAGUUUCCUUUGGAGGAGGGUUUGCCUUCUGAGGUUACUGUGGUGGUGACAGGAGAACCCCCGACCACUGUUGAGGAAGAACUAGAAAAGGAAGAAGAGGAAGACCGUCGUCGGGCGUCGGAAGUCACAGAGUCACUGUCCCUUUUAGACGUGCUGAGGAUCUCUGCAAUUAUGGAAGACAUCAUCGACCAGCUCUCUAUCCUAGGCUACAUCAUGCCGCUUCAGUAUGAGAGAAAGCAGAGCAUCAGCCAGAAAGCCAGCCACGAAGGAUCGAUGACAAAGAAAGUAUCUUCUUCUUUAUUAAAUAAAGAAAAAUUCUCAGUGCCGGAUAUCAAACAAAAGAGCCAGGAUUUUUCCUUUAAAAAACCAACAAAACAGAUCAUAAUGACUUUGGACAUCCUGAAGAAAAUACAGAGUGACAGUCAAUACUUCAGUAAUGUGAUUACUAAUGUCAUAGAGGAGAUGCAACAUUCUGGAUCUUUCAGGAUUCUCCAGGAAGCCUUGGGCAAAGAAAGAGACAACAAAGUGAAUUUCCAGGACGCCAUCACAAGGGAAGAAAAAGGAAGAAAACAGAUAAAGUCUCUUCAAAAGCAGUUACUUGGUGUCAAGAGGGAGCGUCAGUUGCAAGUACAGAGCGGGAAUGAAUACAUUGCUCACCUCAAGGACCAGUUGCAGGAGAUGAAGGCGAAAACCAAUUUGGAGAAUCUUUAUAUGAAAAGAAAUACCGACCUGCAGAUCUCUCAGACCCAGAAGAAAUGUAACAGAGCAGAGGAACUCUUGCUGGAGGAGAUUGAGAAACUGAGGAUGAAAACGGAAGAAGAGAACCGGGUUCACUCGGAAAUCGAAAUGUUCCUUAAAAAAGAGCAGCAGAAACUUGAAGAGAAGCUAGAGUUCUGGAUGGAUAAAUUUGAUAAAGACACAGAAGCAAAACAGAACGAGUUAAAUGCUCUCAAGGCUGCCAAGGCCACCGACCUAUCACACCUUCAAGAACUUGCCAAGAUGAUCCGGGAGUAUGAACAGGUCAUUAUUGAGGACCGGCUAGAAAAGGAGAGGACCAGGAGGAAGAUGGAGCAGGAUGAGUUGGAGCUGAAGAGCAUUGUGAAGCUCCAGGCCUGGUGGCGAGGUACAGUGAUCCGGAGGGAAAUUGGAACUUUCCGACUGCCCAGGAGAGAGAGAGAUGACAACAAAGACUCGAAAGGCAAGGAGAAGGAGAAGCGGAGAGGCAAGAAGUGACGAGUUUCCGCUGUUCUUCCCUCUGGUCUGGAGACGUGCGGUGCUGGCACUCACGUGUGGGCUCCCCGGACACCCACGGAGCUCACCAUGCCCGCUCCCAUGGUUUUCAGAGCCCGAAAGAAGGCUGUCACGGGGCUUCGGGACCUCUGCAGACUCUUGGGGAGGCCAUGCCGAGUAGCUUUGCGGACAUUCCUCUCGUUCUUUGUCACCCGACAGCAGUUCGUCGGCUGAGAGGGACGCAUUAAAAACUCCUAUGCUACCUCGGAAUCUGAUUUUAUGCCAUAAGGUUAAAGUGGAAAACUGUCAGAAGCAGAAGUGGAAUAGUCAGCGGGAAUUAGCAGAGCACCACCUAGCACGAUAUGCGUGCACACGGACGCUAGCAAGCGUCUAGCGCUGGUGGCGACGGGCACAGCGCCUUCCUUUUACAUAAGCAGUCCCGGCGGCCUUUCUGGGCAUGGGUAGGGAUGGAAGUGGCUGAUACGAGACAGACGUGGAGUGUGGACUCACAGUCCCCCAGUGAUAAAGACCGGGACAUGGGUUCUCCAGGGGGCUAGUUUACAGAUGUUUGUCAAGCGGGGUCAACUACGUCCAUCAUGUAGGAUAUUACCACUUUUAAAGAAACAAGCCUCGUGGAAACUAGCCUGUGUGGCAUUCAGCAAAGCUGGCGUUCCACUGCUCUCCCUUACAAGCAGCGAGCUCACCGGGUCGUUCUUGCUUUAGCUUUGGGCCCGGCCGGCUCCUGUCUCCACCCCCUGCCUCUGCUUCUU